AUUCCGCCGCAGCCUUUGUGUGGCCGAACGCUAGAAAUGGCUUAUUUCCUUUCUCUCUGUCUAAAGUCAAAAACCAGACCCUUUCGUCCCUCUCUCCCGCCGGAACGGGUCUCGAGGAGGGCGGCGGCAGGCUUGCUCCUGGGGCCAGUGGGGCGGAAACCGGCGCGGGUUGGCGAGGCCGCCACGGGCAUGCUGGGAGCUCGCCCGCCGUGUCCCUCCGCGCCGACGGGGACUUUUCGGUGGGGAUUUUGGGCGCCGACCAGACGCGGCAUUUUCGGAAAAUAGCGCCCUGUGCAGCGAAGCGCUCUGUGUGUGGCGGGGCCGCGUCAGCCCUGCCGGCUCCGAGGCGCCGCGGUCCCCGCACCUCCUCCCGCUGCUCCCCCGCCGCCGCUCCCGAAGCUUUUCCAGAUGUCCCUGGUAGAUUUGGGGAAGAAGCUUUUAGAAGCGGCACGAGCAGGUCAAGAUGACGAAGUUCGUAUUUUGAUGGCAAAUGGAGCUCCUUUUACUACAGACUGGUUGGGAACUUCUCCACUUCAUCUGGCCGCACAGUACGGGCAUUACUCUACCACAGAGGUUCUUCUUCGAGCCGGUGUAAGUAGAGAUGCCAGGACCAAAGUGGACCGGACCCCACUGCACAUGGCAGCUUCGGAGGGCCAUGCCAGCAUAGUAGAGGUUUUGCUUAAGCAUGGUGCUGACGUCAAUGCAAAGGAUAUGUUAAAGAUGACAGCUCUGCAUUGGGCAACAGAACAUAAUCAUCAAGAGGUGGUGGAGCUUUUAAUCAAAUAUGGUGCUGAUGUACACACGCAGAGUAAAUUUUGUAAAACUGCAUUUGAUAUUUCAAUAGACAAUGGAAAUGAAGAUUUAGCAGAGAUAUUACAGAUUGCUAUGCAGAACCAAAUCAACACCAACCCGGAGAGUCCUGACACUGUGACAAUACAUGCUGCCACACCACAGUUCAUCAUUGGACCUGGAGGGGUGGUGAAUCUUACAGAUGAAACAGGAGUAUCUGCUGUUCAGUUUGGAAACUCCUCUACGUCAGUAUUAGCUACAUUAGCUGCCUUAGCUGAAGCAUCUGCCCCGUUGUCCAAUUCUUCAGAAACUCCAGUAGUGGCCACAGAGGAAGUAGUUACCGCAGAAUCUGUGGAUGGUGCAAUUCAGCAAGUAGUUAGCUCAGGGGGUCAGCAGGUCAUCACGAUAGUCACAGAUGGCAUCCAGCUCGGAAACUUGCACUCCAUUCCAACCAGUGGGAUGGGCCAGCCCAUCAUUGUGACCAUGCCCGAUGGACAGCAAGUAUUGACAGUACCAGCAACAGACAUUGCUGAGGAAACUGUCAUCAGUGAAGAGCCACCAGCUAAGAGACAGUGUAUGGAAAUAAUUGAGAACCGGGUGGAAUCUGCAGAAAUUGAAGAGAGAGAAGCGCUUCAGAAACAGCUGGAUGAAGCCAACCGAGAGGCCCAGAAAUACCGACAGCAGCUGCUUAAGAAGGAGCAGGAGGCAGAGGCUUACAGGCAGAAGCUGGAGGCCAUGACGCGCCUCCAGACCAACAAAGAAGCCGUUUAGCUACCGUGAACGGCAGUUUGCUUUUACCUUUUGUCCAGAAAGAAUGCAGUCUUGAACUGUACACAGUAAGGACACAGCCAUGGGAAUACCGAAUAAGAGAAAAUACCACAGAUUGAAAAUGGGACUUAAGCCAUGAGCUCUCAAUUCUUGUAAUAUAAAACUUUAGAACUUGUGAACUGUAUUUAAAACUGAAUUCUGUAAAUAGUUGUUUGGUUGUUUCUUUUUUUACAGUUAUAAAUGAGUUGAUAAACAUUGUUGCCGAGAUCCAAAAACCACAGUAAGCCGCUGUUACGGGGAAUUCUUUUUUGAUUUGGGUGCAGACUUCAUUUCUCAGAAGCAGAAGUUUUAAGCGUGGUCGUUGUCAAUUAGACCAAACAUGUAACAAUUAUGGUGGACUGAUGCUGGAAAACCUCUGUGAAGAGCUUUCUCCCAGGAACUUCUGUACAGCUUUUAAGUUGUCUCAGGUUCUCUGAAAACAUUUUUUAGGAAGCAGAAAUUUUAUAUUUGUUCGAUUUCAGCUACAUGCAAGUAGAUUUACAUGUAUAUGAAGCAAAUAUUUUUAAAAUUUUGUUUGUACAUAUUCUGCAUGUUUUAUGAUUUUAAAAUGCAUCACUUGCUUAGGUAUGUCUCCCACAAAGACGAUGAAAGUUACCAAGCAAAAAACAAAGGCACCGCUGCUGCUCUGUCAGUCAUUGAGAGUGAGUCUGCUCGCAACUGGUUUUACUGGCGACCAUGACAAUGUUCUUGGAGCGGCUUGCAAGAGAACUUGAAUCUGCAAAAUGUAUGCUUUUCUGACAAUUGCAUUGUGAGGACGUGAGACUGUUCUGUGCCUUCCUUCCAUCAUGACUUCCACACGAGCACUUUGAGGCGCUGGAUUUUAAGAUAAUGUUUUUGGCAAACUCAGUGCAUUUGGGUUUCUGAGAUACUUCAUGGACUUACUCCCCUCCCCUAAGAAAUUAUUCUUAUGGAAAAUUGCUUUUGUAGAGCAGGGCCUUUUGUACUCGGUGAUGCUAUAGGUAUGUCUGACGUAACUUUCGCUAUUCCCUGUGAACGCUCCGGGCCUGUGCUGCGACUCUCUCACAAUAUUGUCAAUUCCAAAAUGUAUGGACAUUUGACAGACUAUUCCAUUCUCUUUUGUAAAAUGUAACUUUGAGCUCUUUAUUAUUUUGUUUUGUUUUAUUGCUUUAUGAAAAUGUUUACCCCCUCCCCCCACCCCGGUCUCCUCUAGCUUAUCUGUAUAAAGAACCAGUUUCCCUCCAGACUGUACUCUGGCCUCAUUUUCUAUUUUACAAUUAAAUAACUUUCCACAUAGCUCCGUGC